AUGCAGGCGGACACCUGCUCACGUUUGACGUUGAUCGUUCGGCAGGUGGCGAAUACGCUUUCGACUGUGUGCUGCUUCGCUUCGAAGAAGCAUCGUGAGCGCGAUAAACUCAAGACCCUCAGAGGAUCCAGAUCGACUCGAGACAGUGCAGCAGAACUUCGUUGGGGUGUUUCCACGGCUGAAGAUGAAGACGACGACGGGCCUGGGAGCGAUGACGAAGACGUCCUCACGUCUCUCGGAGCGUCGUAUCGAGCGUGGCGUGUGUAUCAUCGAGAGAAACGCGCACACGACUACACCAAGAGCAGAUUGGUGGUCGCUAUCAGGCGCGAAGCUGGGCUUGUGAAGCUACUAGCGCGUACAGGUGGAACUGCUGAAGGCAUCGAGUACACGCUGAUGAGACUGGAAGAUCUGGAGGCCACUAUGAUGCGCCUGGAGGAGAAAUACAAUGCUGCAGUUGAUGAACAAGUAUUGUGUGAAGAUCUUGCUCUGGAGCGUGAGAACUUGCAAGCACAACGUCAGUUGCACAGUGAUCGUCUCCACAAAGCAAAUGCAGCAAUUUUACAUUGGAAAUCGCAGUAUGAAGAAGUACUAUCGCAGCUGACGUCGAGUAACUUGGAAAAGGAACGACUAGGUGGAGAACUCCGCAAGGUGAAAAAGGCUGCGGUGUUGGCGAUGAACCGACAGUUCGUCCAACUUGACGCGAAUGUAGUCUCUCAGUCGUUGCUGCGCACUGCUCGACACCACGAGAAAGAAAGCAAAAAGAGGUCAUUUAGCAGCGAUGAGAUAUGCUGA